AUGGACGCGCUCAAGGCUGAGAUUCGAAAGCGCAAAGCGGAGGCGAGAAGUGGGGAGGGUGGGGGUGGAGGAGGUGAUUAUGCGGCUUUGAGCGAUGUGCAAGGCGAAUCGUCUUUGCAGGGGGGCGCUGGCGCUAGCAAGCAUGCGGGGAGAGGGGGAGGCGCAGCGCAAGCGGUCGAGCAGGAGCGAGGUGGCAAGGAGAAGAGACGAGAAGAAGAGGUGGCGCAGGAGAAGAGGAGAGCUUUGAAAGAGGCUAGAGCUGAGAGGGAUAGAAAGAGGGCUAAAAAGCUCAAUGUGAACGCCAAGGUGGAUGAAUGCGGGGGUGCGAGGGAUGAUGGGAAUGCCAGCGGCUCUGCGGAUGCGACUGCUGCUGCUGCUUCGAAGGAUGCUUCCCUCAUUGAUUCUCAAGAUGCGACUGCAGCUGCAGCUGCUCACUCUCUCUCCGAGCUCAAUUCGAUACUAGAGACGCAAAGGGGUCUACGAGCCAAAGGCGAGCCUAUCCAGUUGUUUGGAGAGAGCAUCAAGGAAAGGAGGUUGAGAUUGAGAGCUUUGGAACUGUUGGAGGAGAGAGGCGGUGGAGCUGGAAGGAGCGGUCAAAAUGAUUUCAUGAGAGCAAUGGCUGGUGCGGAAGCUAAAGAUGCAGAGGUGGCUUUGGAAGCUGCUAGGAGGGCGGAACUGGGCAUGUCGAGUUCUGCCGACAAAUUCAACCUGGCAAAAGAAGGCAAGGACACGCAAGGCGAUACGCAGGAGGGCGAGGAGGCGCAGAAGAAGGAAAAGGAAAGCGUGGAGGAAAAGGGAAGGGAAGGUGUGGGGAUGAAUAGCUUGUUGGAUUUGGAAUUGGUCAAGAAGGAUAUAGACAAGGUCUACCCCAUCAUCUACUACACGCUCAAGGGUCUCUUGAGGGACUGGGAAGAAGCUCUAGCUCAAAGGAGCCGUGAGUCAUUUCGCUCUCUUGCGCACUCCGAAUUUCGUACCGCACUUUUAAGGCGCUUCCCAGCGUGCGUGCCACUGGGAAAAUCGAAGCUGACGCUCUCCAAACAUCCCCCCCCCCUUGCGGUCCAUUUCGCCCUCUACAGUCGAGGUGCGCCAAACCACGCAGGGAAAACUCAUGGCAGCGACGCAAGUGCAAUCUGCCGAGUAUCUCAAGCCGCUCUUCAAGCAGCUACGUCAAAGAGUGAGCACAAUCGAUUCGAGCCAUUCUAUUUCGCAUCUUCACCCCCCACCCCCCCACACUCCCCCUCUGCCCAUUCUCUUCCAAUCUCGGCACACCUUGCCUCCAAAUCAAGCAAUCUGACGUGCCCCCCAUUCCUCAUUCCUCCCCUUUUGCUCUUACGCCGCGCCGCACCGCACCGCACCUUCCCUUCCCCCCCUUCGCCAAUACAGGCAGUCUUGCCAGACGUGCUGAUGCGUCUAGCCGAGAUUGUUCACUACGUUCAAAAGAGACAGUACAGGUACGCCAACGAUUCUUACCUUCAGCUAUCCAUCGGAAACGCUCCCUGGCCCAUCGGCGUCACCAUGGUGGGCAUCCACGAACGUUCGGGCAGAGAAAAGAUUUUCAGCUCAAAUGUCGCUCAUGGUACGUUUGCUCCACAAAAGUGGUGGGGGGUUUUUUUUUGGGGCGCGUGGCGGGGAAAAGGAAGCGCUGCGCUGGCAAGUCCAAAGGCAGACAGACGCUGAUGCAGAACCAGCUAAUGUCCGCACUUCCCCUUUUUCAGUACUGAACGACGAAGUCAGUCGAAAGUAUAUCCAAUCGCUCAAAAGACUCAUGACAUUUGCACAGACAAAGGUGAGUUGAGCCCUGGAGUAUAGCCUUUGCGUUUGGCUCGUCGCUCGCUGACGUGCUUUGUCCAUACGCAGUAUCCGCCCAAAGACGCUUCCUUCUUGAUGGGUUAA